UCAGUUAUAACUGUAUGAUACAGUUACCGCAUCACCCAGCCUGAUAAGAGCAAGAUGCCUUUAGGCAUCUACAGUGUUGUAUUCAUUUCAUCCAAGCUGUUUAAAUUGCAGCAGAAACCGUGAUAACUUAGUUAACUAGAAUCUUGGGGUUUGUACACUUUGAAGAUAUUUUUAUCUUGGCCUCCUAUUUAGAGUUUUUCCUUAAAACCCUGUGAAAUCGUACUGAUUGAAAUAGAGAAAACAGUGUAUUGAAGCCCACUGUGAAGGAAUUCAACCUAAUAUAAAAGUAAAUGUCAUUUAUUUUCAAUUCAGGAAGACUAAAGCAGGUUGUAACCACAGGCUGAUCCUUUAAUAGAAUAGGUAGGAUGUUAAACUGUGUAUUAAAACAACAACCUAAUAUGUAAUACCUAAUGAACAAUUAAAAAAAGUUCGGAUUGUCUAUUCAAUAUGGGGAGUUACAAAGAGAUGUUGGAAGGUCAGAAGGAUUUCUGAAAUAUUUUUACUUGGGAAUUAUAUUAAACCUAAAGUUAUAUGUGAACUUGGCUUGUAAUAAUUUACAGCAAGCUCUGUGCUGUCUGGAACAGCAGCUCUUCCAGUGUUUAGGCUAUAAAAAAAGGACCAAGUGACUUGGUUGUCUUUUGUUGUAACUACUUAGAAGUGCUUUUUUUUUUUUUUCUGGUUUGUACUUCCCUUUGAUAUGCUCAAUGAAUGUACUCUUGUCAGAGUUUUUUAGCUGUUGGGUAACAUAUUUAAAAACUGUAGAUGACAUGUCCACAUUCUGCUUGCACGUUUGUCUGUGUUUACUUUGUUGUGCUUACUGCCUUGUUUAUCUUUUAAACUUGUAAUUUAGCAAUAAUGUUCUGAAUCUGCAGAAUGUACCUAUUCUUCUUUACCAUUCCAUUUGAAGCAUCCUACUCGGUAAUACAUUUACUGUGGCAAAGCUUUCAGUGUAUUUUCAGUGUGUCAUCUCCGGUUGCAUUGUUGAAACUUGUUAUUUAAAACCUCUUAUUUAAAUUGGGUCUUCUGAAGCACUCUGACAGCUCUGCUCUCUGUAUGUGUGUAUGUAUUGUAGGAACAGCUAUGGUCUCAGUACUUCAAAAUAUGUCAUGGGCCUCUUUGAAAUGCAUGUAUUUGUUGCUGAAAGAUCCUUUACUGGGACUAAUAUGUAAAGAUUUAAUGUAUAUAGAAUUUUACCAUAAUGGAAUCAUCAUAGAGUGGAUUGGGCUGGAAGGGACCUUAAUGAUCAUCUAGUUCCAAUACCCUUCCAUGGGCAGGGACACCUUCCACGAGACCAGGUUGCUUAAAGCCCCAUGCAACCUGGACUUGAACACUGCCAAGGAUGGGGCUGCCACUUCUCUGGGCAACCUGUGCCAGGGCCUCAGAACCCUCAUGAUGAAGUUUUAAUUUCUACCGUCAUGAUUUGGACCUCUUGGGAAUCAAGACUGGGGCCGAAAAUGGCAAUACUGACUUUCCUCCAUGACUGGUUGAGUAUUUCUGUCAGAAGCACCUUGCAAAUUUGAGUAUUAACAAAUUGGAGUUUUUAUUAGGAUUAUUAUGCUAAGAAUUUUUUUUAAUGAUGAUGUGAAAAUUGUGUGAGAAUUUUGGGGUUUUAAUGGUCAUGUAACUUCUUCCAUGUUCUUAACACCUCGACUGGAGCAGUAACACAUCUUGAAGUGCUCAUACUAGGCAAGUGACUUGCAAGACCUUUUGGGCCAGUACGCUGCUAACAACAUUAACUGAAUCUUUCGAUGGACCGCAGGCAACAUUAACCUUUUGGAGUGAAUUUACAGACUGUCUCUAACAUAACCAUGAGGGUAUGAAACAGCAGAGGGUCCAAAGAUUGCUUGCAAAACUGGUGUAGUUUGUUAAUAACUGUGUGCUUCUGCAUGUCAAGCCAGAUCAUUUCUGCAGCACCUUUUUAAGAAAGUGUAUUUUGUUUUUCCAGGUCUUGUGUACUGUAGCACCUAAAGUGAAUCAGAAUGCCUCUCAGUGAUGACCAUAACAGUGACUCAGAGUCUUCACGCCUCUCGGAAAGCACAGCUACUUCUAGCGACUCUGAAUAUUCAAGGCAGAGCUUUAACAGCGAUUCUUCAAGCAAACCCAGUUCUCCAGCAUCAGCAAGUCCCCCUAAGAUGAUUACAUUUGAUGAACUGAUGGCAGCUGCAAGAAAUUUGACAAACUUGACCCUAGCUCAUGAAAUUGCUGUAAAUGCAAAUUUUUGCAUAAAACAUGAAGACUUGCCACAGAACAGUUUUGCAGGCACAGUGAAACAGAUUGUACACAAGGCUUUUUGGGAUCACUUGGAAUCGGAACUGAAUGAAGAUCCUCCAGAAUAUGAACAUGCUAUCAAGCUCUUUGAGGAAAUCAAGGAGAUUCUUCUUUCCUUCCUGACUCCUGGAGCAAACAGGAUUCAAAAUCAGAUUUGUGAAGUUCUAGAUACGGAUCUUAUACGACAGCAAGCAGAACAUAAUGCUGUUGAUGUUCAUGGGCUAGCUAAUUAUGUUAUCAACACUAUGGGAAAGUUGUGUGCUCCAAUAAGAGACAAUGAUAUAAAACAGUUAAAAGCAACUGACAAUAUCGUAGAAUUACUGAGACAAAUAUUCCGUGUUUUGGACCUGAUGAAAAUGGAUAUGGCAAAUUACGCAAUUCAAAACCUUAGACCAUACCUUCAGCGUAAUUUGGUGGACUACGAAAGAACAAAAUUCCAGGAAAUUCUUGAAGAAACACCAAGUGCCCUGGACCUCACAACAGAAUGGAUAAAGGAAUCUAUACAAGAUGAAUUGUCAUCUACUUCUGAUGAAUCUUCAUCAUCCCCUGGUGCUGAUAGUAGUUCUAAAAGAACCAUUAGUCCUACACUGGUGCUAAACAAUGGCUACUUGAAACUGUUACAGUGGAAUUAUCACAAAACAAUUCCAGAGACUCUAAUAACAGACGAAGCUCGUCUUCAGGAGUUGAGAGAAAAGCUCAAACAAUUACAGAUCAUAGCUUGUGUUUGUCUUAUAACAAACAAUAUGGUGGGUGCAGCAAUUGUAGAUGUGCCUGAUUUUGCUGAGCAGCUGAAAAGGAUCUCUCUUCCUCUUCUUGAAGGCAUGAACAAGAAAACUUUUGAUUUGAAGGAGGCUCUGGAUGCUAUAGGUGUCCAAAUUUGCAGUAAAGUGAACAGGUCUCUAACUGAAAAAGGUCUUCCCACUCUUGAUGAAGAAAUGCAGAGUAAUUUAAUGGGUCAAAUUGCUCAUAUUGUAGAGGAGAAUAAUCCUGUCUGUUCCUUGAUUGACAAACGGAUCCAGUUCUUCCUGAGAAGCUUGCUUGCUCUUCCCAGUUUUCAGAAGUCUAUGCCUACCAUGCCAGGAGGCCUUUCCGUGAUUCAGACAGAAAUGGAGCUUGUUGGAUCUCAGUAUGCAAGCAUUGUAAACUUUAAUAAACAAGUGUAUGGACCCUUCUACGCAAACAUACUUAGAAAACUACUUUUUCGUGAGACACCUAUGGGAAAAGCAGAAACAGGAACAGCAACAGCUACCAGUUAAAAAUUUUCACCUAUUUCUUUACCCCUUUUUUUAUCUUCCAAAGUGAUCUGUCUUCCCUACUAAGAAUAGUCCACUCCAGUGAAUAGCAGUGAGAGAGAUCUUGUAAAAUGUAUACAGAUAGCUUCUGAAAUUCACUGGAAAGACAUUUAAGUUCAAGGACAUACAUAUUUUAAUAGAAUAAAUUCGUUUGAUGCAUUUUGUCACUUGUGAACUAUUAGUUCUCAUGGCAAGCAUUUAUGAUUUGCAUUGGGAAGG